CCCUAAGCUUUGUUUAUGCGUACACAUCUCCCAUACUUGCACAAAAUUAUGUAUCUAAACUUAAAAAAUGAAUCGAUAUGAAAACCUUGGGCACGUAUGGCGUUUCAUGCCGUUGUUUAAGCAUUAGAUUCAAGUGUCAACUAUGUUAACAACAGGAGCGCGCAUGCUCAGUACUGCCUUUGUGUGGCUGACUGCGGAGCUAGGUAGCAGCUAGCCUCAAACAUUUAGACGACACAGCGGUAGCUAGCAGGUUAGCCGAGUAGCUAAUCAUGGUGAAUGUAAAGAAGCGGAAAGGUCGGGUCGUGAUUGACUCUGACUCUGAAGACAGUGCCAGUGACGAUAAUUUAGACCAGGAGCUUUUGUCUUUGGCGAAGAGGAAGAGGGUUGAUUCAGGUGAGCAGGAGGAGCCCGUUAGCAAACCUGCAGCUUCGACAGACUCUGAGACCUCAGACAGUGACGAUGAGUGGACGGUGGGUGGAACCAAAGGUAAAAAGAAGGUCAAACCAGGGAAAGGGUCUGAGAAGAAAAACGCCACAAAGAAGAAGGUUAAUAAAGCGACGGCAUCUGGCAGCUCAGAUGGAGACAGUUCAGCAGAGAGCUCUGCACCGGAGGAGGGUGAGGUGUCUGACUCAGAGAGCAACAGUUCGUCCUCCAGCUCCGACUCGGACUCCUCCGAGGACGAGGUGUUCAAAGACGGCUACGACGAUGACUUGAUGGGAGACGCAGAGGACAGAGCUCGGCUGGAGCAGAUGACAGAAAAGGAAAGGGAGCAGGAGCUGUUUAACAGAAUCGAAAAGAGAGAAGUUUUAAAGAGACGUUUUGAAAUUAAGAAGAAGCUCAAGACGGCAAAGAAGAAGGAGAAAGAAGAGAAGAAGAAGAAGCAGGAAGAAGAGCAGGAAAAAAGGAAGCUGUCCCAGGUUCAGGAUACACAAGUGGUUAUGUCACACAACAAGGAGAGACGAUCCAAACGGGACGAGAAACUUGACAAAAAGUCCCAGGCCAUGGAGGAGCUGAAAGCAGAGCGAGAGAAGAAGAAAAACAAAACAGCUGAACUGCUAGCCAAACGGCAGCCUCUGAAGACGAGCGAGGUGUACUCUGACGAUGAGGAGGAGGAAGAAGAGGAUGACGACAAGUCAUCAGUCAAAAGUGAUCGGAGUUCACGAUCAUCAUCUUUUGAUGAUGAUGAAAAAGAAGAAACUCCACCUAAGUCGCAGCCGGUUUCACUACCAGACGAGCUCAACAGAAUCCGCCUGUCCAGACACAAGCUGGAGCGCUGGUGCCACAUGCCAUUCUUUGCUAAGACAGUGACAGGCUGCUUCGUGAGGAUAGGGAUCGGGAACAACAGCAGUAAACCAGUUUAUAGGGUCGCUGAAAUUGUGGAUGUGGUAGAGACGGCCAAGGUUUACCAACUCGGGUCGACGAGAACGAACAAGGGUUUACAAUUAAGGCAUGGCGGCGACACGCGUGUGUUCAGGCUGGAGUUUGUUUCAAAUCAGGAGUUCACAGAAAACGAGUUCAUGAAGUGGAAAGAGGCGAUGCUGGAUGCUGGAAUGCAAGUACCAACUCUUGACGAAAUCACCAAAAAGGAGCAGUCCAUUAAAGAAGCAAUGAACUAUAAGUUCAAUGACAAAGACAUAGAGGAUAUUGUUAAAGAGAAGGACAGAUUCCGGAAAGCACCGCCAAAUUAUGCCAUGAAGAAAACGCAGUUACUUAAAGAUAAGGCCAUGGCAGAAGAGAGCGGAGACGGUGACAAAGUGAAAGUUAUCCAGGAUGAGCUGAACGAGCUGGAGGAAAGGGCAGAGGCGCUUGACAGGCAGAGGACUAAGAACAUCUCUGCUAUCAGCUAUAUCAAUCAGAGGAACAGGAGCUGGAACAUCGUUGAAUCAGAGAAAGCUCUUGUGGCUGAAGGACAAUACUCCAAAAACCAACAAAUGGACCCUUUCACACGAAGACAGUGCAAACCCACCAUGGUGUCAAAUGCCAGAGACCCGUCAGUCCACGCAGCUAUCCUGGCUCACCUCAAUCAGAAAUACGGUUCUGGAUCAGGAGCAGCUGAUCCUGCCAGCGCAGAGAAAAACAAGCUGGGUCAAGCAAAUAUCAAAGACAAAGACAUCCCCAAGCCAACCACUGACCUCUCAGAGGAUUUGUUUAAAGUUCAUGAUUUUGAUGUUAAGAUCGACCUUCAGGUCCCCAACGCAGAGGCAAAGUCUCUGUCUGUGAGCUCUAACGCGCUGCCGGUGAAGGAUGGCGCCCCCCGCAGGUCCCUAAACCUGGAGGACUACAAGAAGAGGAGGGGGCUGAUCUGAUGUGGUCCACUUCAUCAAACAGAAACCACACUGCAUGUGUAAUUGGGUGUGUGAAUGGUUGCGUGAGUGAAUGAGUGAGUGAAUGGCUCCCAGAGGACGAGUGUCUGAAUGUUCAUACUACGGACUGUUUAUCUGAAAACACAGAGGAAAUACUGAUCGGGCAAAAGGAUCUCUCUCAGAAGAAACUUGGCGAGAUUUUUUUUUUUUUUUUUUUUUUUUUGCAUCACACAAACUCGCAUACUGAGUUGUGUGGGUUUUUUUUUAUGUAUUUAACUUCUUUACCUGGAUUCCACUCCUCAUUUGUCCUUUUUUUUGCCCUGAAAGGACACAGCGCUUGUGGAUUAUUACCUUGAACAAGGACGCUAUCAUAGAAGACUUAGAUUGUUGAGGCAUUUUGAAAUUACUCGACUGGAUGUCAAAUGGAGAUUACCAGCUUGUUCUUACAUGAUAUACCUUUGUAAAUCUUCCCCCUAAAUCUGCCCUCGCAGACCAUCCUGAAUUUUAGCAGCCUUGUGUUUUUUUUUCUUUUGUUGUUUUUUUGGCAAAGUUCAGACUCCCACCAUUUUGGAUUUAAACACGACAGGUCCUCCAUGACAGAUGUGAAAAACUCUGAGCGAAAAAGACAUUUGUCAUUUUUUAAGUCUUUGCAACAACCCGAUUUAAGAGGAACCCUUUUCUAUGGCUGGUUAUACAAGUGUUGUUUCAUUUCUGUUAUCUCUUGGUUGGUUGUUUAUGGGAUAACGUUCUCCUGCCCUCGACUUCCAGAGCAGAUUCUUCGUGUUAUCGAUUGUGUCCAUAGUCAGUUCCUGUAUUGAUGUGGCAUGCCAUGUAAAUAUGCAUUUUGGAGUGAGUGCGGAAAAAAAUAAAGAG